AUGUUACAAAGUGGCCCCGCGAAUUCCGCAACAGAAUUCCAUUUAUCAAUCGACGCAAAGCCAAAUUCUACAAACAACACAUACGACUCGCGUGCCUCCCGAUCAGUAGUAUCGCCGUUACACCAAACACCAAUUCGGGCGCACAACGCUAAAAGAAGCUCGUGGCUGGGAAAAACUCGCCUGCCGACAAGCCUCUACGCGCGAACAAUUCACUACCUCCUCCAUGAAUGUCUACGCAGGAACGUGCUGCCACCCAGUACUAAUCACAGACCUGCGCUAGACCAUCCGCAGGCGUGGGCCCUAGCAAGACAGUAUGGCAGACGAAUGGUUAAGUUAAUGAUAAAAGAUGCCCACAACCGUCUCAAAAAAUACGAAAGAGAACUUAACGGGAGCAAGACAAAUUCUCUGACUAAAACCAGUCCUCAACACUUGGCAGAACUUGAAGCAGCAAUCGGACGCCGAGUAGACAAUGUCAAGAUCAAACGCAGAGCAGCCAUGGAGAAAAAAUUGGGCAAGCUCACGAGGAACAACAAACACAAUAAUUACGACGCUUGGAUCAAGAACUUAUCUGGCCACCAACUCAGCACAGCUGAACAGGAACUGCUAAUGAAAGGACUCAACUUCAACAAGGAUUACCUAGCCAGCUGA